GUUAACUUUUACUUCCUUGUACACAGAGAUAGAGGAACUGACCGUUUUGCGGCUGGCCUUUUUGUCAACACUCCACAUCCUCUCCAGUUUAUUUUAUUAUUUUCAAACCAUGAACAGAUAAAGAACAAGUCUGCAGAGCUGAACAGAUCGGUUUCACUUGUAAGCUGCAGAUAUGGCUUCUUGGGGGCAGCAGGGCGAGAUGACAGAGUACAAGAAGAUUCUGAUCAAACGGGACUUGGAGAUGGGCGUGGUCAUGACGGUGUUCCGGCAGAAGGCAGAGCGGCUAACGGUGCAGGUUAUCAUGGAGACUCGACAGGUGGCAUGGACCCGCACUGCAGACAAGACCGAUGGUGUCUUGGAUCUGUUUGAAAUCAGAGAGAUCCGUCCAGGGAGGAACUCCAAGGACUUUGAGCGUUUAAAGGAUGGGAAGGACAAACACGAUGAAAACACCUGCUUCACAAUCUUCUACGGCUCCCAGUUUGUCCUCAGCACGCUCAGUCUGGGAGCUGAUUCUGUGGAGGAGGCUCAAAAAUGGCUGAUAGGACUAGAGCUGCUGAGGGAAGAGACACUGGAGGCUCCCACUCCAGUUCUUAUAGAAAGCUGGCUGAGGAAGCAGAUGUAUUCUGUCAAUCAUUCAAAAACAAACAGCAUCUCCAUGAAAGAGUUAAAGUCUCUUCUUCCUCUGCUCAACUACAAAGUACCAAGCACUCGAGCCCUCAAAGACAAAUUUCAGGAAAUUGGAGCAAAGAAAGACAAGCUGGACUUUGAGCAGUUUCAUAAAUUAUACAACCACAUAAUGUUCGAACAGAAUGAAAUCCUAGAGGAGUUCAAAAAGGAAUCAUGUGCUUUUAUAAUGGGUAACACAGAUAAACCAGAUGCUUCUGCAGUCUUACUUCAUGACUUCCAGAGAUUCCUCAUCUACCAGCAACAGGAACCCUGGGCCAAUGAUCUUAACCAGGUCAGAGAACUGAUGACCAUGUUUAUUGAUGAUACCAUGAGGAAAACAAACGACCCCGAGUUCACUGUCAGCGAGUUCCUCAGCUUCCUGUUUUCAAAGGAGAACUCUGUGUGGGACACCAAGUUCUCAGAAGUCAACAACCUGGACAUGAACAAUCCUUUGUCCCAUUACUGGAUCAGCUCCUCACACAACACCUACCUGACAGGUGAUCAGCUUCGUAGUGAAUCCUCCACAGAGGCUUACGUUCGCUGUCUGCGUCUGGGAUGUCGCUGUGUUGAAUUGGACUGCUGGGAGGGUCCCGGGGAGCCAAUCAUCUACCAUGGUUGGACCAGGACCACCAAGAUCAAGUUUGAGGAUGUGGUCAAGGCCAUCAACAACCACGCUUUUGUCGCAUCAGACUUCCCAUUGAUCCUGUCCAUCGAGGAGCACUGUCCCAUAGAGCAGCAGCGUCAGAUGGCUCGUAUCUUCAAAGAUGUGUUUGGAGACAAACUGCUGACUGAACCUGUGGAGCAGAUGGCAGAGCAGCUCCCUUCACCGAGUCAGCUGAAGGGAAAGAUCAUACUUAAGCACAAGAAGCUCAGCAUGGAGGGAGGAGGAGUCGCGAAAGACUUCAGGAAGGGGCAGAAACAGGGGGACCUGGAGAUCUGGGACCCUGUUGAUCAGCGGUGGAACACUCACUACUGUGUGAUCUCUGAUGACAAACUGUACUAUGCCGAGGAAUACGAGGAGGAGGAGGAAGAUCCCAGAAAGUACCAUGACCUGCACAGUUCAGAGCCUUGGUUCCACGGCCGCAUGAGCGAGGGCCGGCAGAAGGCGGAGCGGCUGAUCAGUGAUUAUUGUGCAGAGACCGGAGGAAAAGAUGGCACCUUCUUGGUCCGAGAAAGUGACAACUUUGCCACAGACCACCCUCUCACCCUCUCUUUCUGGCGGGGUGGGAGAGUUCAGCACUGUCGUAUUCGCUCUGGUACAGAAGGGGGCUUCACCUUCUUUUACCUGACUCCAAACCUGCACUUUUCCACCGUGUACUCCUUGAUCCAGCACUACAGAGACAACCCGCUGCGCUGCCAUGACUUUGAACUGCGCCUCACUGACUCUGUGCCACGACCCGACCCACAUCUUCAUGAACGGUGGUUCUACUCUAACCUGAGCAGAGGUCAGGCCGAGGAUUACCUGCUGAGGAUUCCCAGGGAUGGAGCUUUCCUCAUCCGCUCCAGAGAGGGAGAAUCAGACUCCUAUGCCAUCACAUUCAGAGGUGAUGGUAAAGUGAAACACUGCCGUAUCCAGAAGGAGGGGAACAUGUACCUGCUGGGCACCACGACAGAGUUUGAGAGCCUGGUGGAGCUGGUUAAUUACUUCAGGAAGAAGCCACUAUAUCGCAAGAUCAAGCUACGUUACCCAGUCACCCCUGAGCUGGUGGACCGCUUCAGCACAGAGAAAGACUGUGCCUCUCUGUAUGAGGUGAAGACAUAUGUGGAGCCCAAUGAGAUUGAGCCAGCACUGCCUCAAAAUACAGUCAGGGCAAUCUACAGUUAUCAGGCUAAACGGCCGGAUGAGCUGAGCUUCAGCAUAGGAGCUCUGAUCCACAAUGUAUCAAAGGAAAAUGAUGGAUGGUGGAAAGGUGACCAUGGUGGAAAAGUGCAGCUGUUCUUCCCAUCUAAUUAUGUGGAGGAGGUGUCCAACAAUGCCAAACCUGAGACAAAGGACCAGGACAAGGAAGACAACCCACUGGGGGAACUAUGUAAGGGUGUUGUGGACAUCUCCAAGUGCAACAUCCAAAACUUGAAGAACGGUAAAAACGGGAAGCCAUAUGUGUUGAACCUGCUGGACGAAGAGCAGGGCAGUAUGCAGUUUGACCUGGCAGCUAGCUCUGUAGAGGAGCUGUAUGCAUGGUACCAGGUGGCCUGGGACAUUACGCAGAGAGAGAUGAGUAAGAAGUACAACAGGGAACAAGAGAUCAAACAACAGGAGGAAGUGGAGAAGAAGGCAGAGGUUGCCAUGGAGAUGUCGGACUUGGUGGUCUAUUGUCAGCCACGCAGCAAGGAGAAAGAUCGCUUUGACAGCUACACCUACAAAGAGAUCCGUUCCUUUGUGGAGAAUAAGAUUCCAGGAAAGAGCCGCACCAAGGACUUCCUGCAGUACAACCGCAAGGCUCUCAGUCGAAUUUAUCCAAAAGGCCAGCGUGUGGAGUCCUCCAACUAUGACCCUUAUCCACUGUGGGCUGUGGGCUGUCACAUGGUGGCUCUGAACUAUCAGACUGCAGACAAAUACACCCAGCUGAACAGCGCCCUCUUCAGCCUGAAUGGACAGACUGGUUAUGUGCUGCAGCCUGAGCUGAUGCGCAACGACAGCUACGAUCCUCAGCAGGAGAACAAGAAGGUCAAAUACAACAUUGUGGUUAGGGUGAUUGCUGCCAGACAUCUCCCUAAACCUGGCCGCAGCAUCGCCAGUCCAUUCGUGGAGAUUGAGCUGUGUGGACACUCAGAGGUUAAGUUCAAGACGGUUGUCUAUCAUGAUAACGGUCUGAACCCAGUGUGGAAAGCCCCAGCAGAGCCAGUUGUCUUCUCUGUGUAUGAGCCUGAACUUACCUUCCUACGCUUCGUGGUGAACGAGGAGGAUAUGUUCUCAGAACCUAACUUCCUGGCUCAGGCCACAUUUCCUGUUAAAGGCCUUCGUUCAGGUUACCGCUCCGUGCCUUUAAGAAAUGGCUACAGUGAAGACUUAGAGCUAGCAUCUCUCCUUGUCUACAUCAGUGUACAGCAAGCCGGGAAAUCAGAGGAGGAGUUGUACUCGUCUUCCAGCCAGCUGAAGAAAAAGCAAGCUGAUUUCGGUAGUGAACCUUUUCUGUACGAUACUCACUCCAACAUUCAGCGCUCAACCCUUCCCCGACAAAACCUCAGCAGGGAGUGCAGCACCAGCGAGAGACACAGGACAAAAGAGAAGAAAAUAAACAACAGCAAGUUCUACUCAUAACAGCUAAGAAGAACCAUACCUGUCUAUGUUGGUACCUGCCUGUGAAGAGGAGAAAUGAGAACAUCAGAUCUUAUGAUGACACAGCACUAUUUAUUAUACAAGGAUCUGCUUUGGAUGGAGUUUACUAUCAUGACAUGAUUCACCAAAAAUCCUCAUGGCUUUCUAGUAAUUUUAUACAAGUAACUUGUACAGCUGUGACACUCUAGUUGUGACAGCUGUGACACUCUGGUGUUGACAGCUGUGACAAUAGUGUUGACAGCUGUGACACUCUAGUUGUGACAGCUGUGACACUCUAGUGUUGACAGCUGUGACACUCUGGUGUUGACAGCUGUGACACUCAAGUGUUGACAGCUGUGACAAUAGUGUUGACAGCUGUGACAUUCUAGUUGUGACAGCUGUGACACUCCAUUGUUGACAGCUGUGACACUCUAGCGUUCACAGCUGUGACACUCUAGUGUUGACAUCUGUGACAAUAGUGUUGACAGCUGUGACACUCUAGUUGUGACAACUGUGACACUCUAGUGUUGACAGCUGUGACACUCUAGUGUUGACAGCUGUGACACUCUAGUGUUGACAGCUGUGACACUCUAGCGUUCACAGCUGUGACACUCUAGUGUUGACAGCUGUGACAAUAGUGUUGACAGCUGUGACACUCUAGUUGUGACAGCUGUGACACUCUAGUGUUGACAGCUGUGACACUCUAGCGUUCACAGCUGUGACACUCUAGUGCUGACAGCUGUGACAAUCGUGUUGACAGCUGUGACACUCUAGUGUUGACAGCUGUGACACUCUAGCAUUGACAGCUGUGACACUCUAGUGUUGACAGCUGUGACACUCUAGUGUUGACAGCUGUGACACUCUAGUGUUGACAGCUGUGACACUCUAGUGUUGGCAUCUUAAGUUUUUAUGUGACUACCAGGAUGCAGGUGGCCUAGUUGUUAGGUCACAAUCCAUGUACCUUGAAUCUGGCCAUCCCCCUCAGACCAUAGAAGGGAGCAAAUCAGGCCCAAAAUCUGGUUUAAAAUAAUCUAGUGCAGGGGUGUCCAAACUGUGGCCAAGUGCCCAAACAUGGCCUGCAGUCCAAUUUUGAUUGGCCCUCAGCAAAUUCUGAAAGUAAAACAAAAUUUAACCAACAUUAGAACAUGAAGCUUAUGCUUGACUGUAUUGGACUUCUUAGUUUUAACACAAGGCUAUGCAAUUGUGCUAAUUCUGUAAACAAAUAUUUUGACAAGAAGAAUUUAUUGAUUUUUUUGUGACAAUUGAGGCAACAUUGCCAAUGGUUAACACACUCGCAACCAAAAUAAUAAUGAUAUUUUGAUUUAUAAUGCUAUGAUUGAUUAAGUUAAUAGCAGUAACAACAGCAUUCCAGGGGUGGAGCCAUUGGUACCCAGGACCCCUAAAUCUGAUUGAUCUCCUCAAAAUCCUUAAAAUAAUUGGCUAUUUGCCUUGUUAGCCAUUACAUAGCCAUCUUAGCAUGCUCAAUCAUUAAGGAUAUCCUAACCUACAAAAGAUUGGUUUUUACUAACUUAAAUAUCCUCAAGGUGAGGUUUGUGAAAGUGGCCCAGCAUCCUUAUUUAUUUAUGUAUGUGAGAAAAAAAUGUGACCUCUGAUCUAGUGUAUAGCUAGUCUAAGCUGGCAACUUGGGCUUGAGUCAUGCCUGUAGCUUCAUUCCUGCAUGUAAUCCUGCUCUCUCUUACAGGUUUCCACUGUUCUGUUCAAACAAAGGCAUGUAUUUUAAAAAGUGACUUAUCAAAGAUUUAUCUUUCAAAAAAAAAAAAGUCCUUGUUUUUGUCGCUGACAGAUUAGGGUUUUUUUCUUCAAAAGAGUCUGAAAACAGUACAGCAAGUAUGACCACUAAAAAAAAAAAAAAAAAAAAAAAAACUUUUGUGAAAUAUACCACUGAUAAAAACUU